GCAGCACGUAGUCCAGUCCAACCUGUGCUCCUGUGAUGCAGGACAGGACAGGCUGCAGCUAAAACGCCUGUCUGUGUGUUUAGAUGUGGGGGGUGGAGCAGUCAGGGUCACCGGAGCUAGAGGCUUCGCUCCCACACAGGACUACAAGGUGUGUGCCACCUACAUGGACUCGUUCAGGGCCACCGCCGUGUGUCCGGUCGGAGGCCCGCGAGCGGCGGAGAAGGCCCGACGCACCGCUGACAGCAUCAUCAAACGGAUGAAGCGGAUCUUCAGGCAGUUGGAGUUUGGCGACUUCAGCUCUGUCCACAUCCAGGUGCUCGGAGCCGAGGACACGUACGGUGCCAACGCUCGCACAAGGGGCUGCAGGGAGGCCGUGCUGUGGAUGGCUGUCCAGCACCAGCAGAAAAGGGCUCUGGAGCUGUUCUCCAGGGAGGUGGCCUCUGCAGGGACGGCCAUGGCUCCUGGACUGACGGGCAUCGUAGGCGGACGGCCGAGAGUGUCUCCAGUUCUGAAGCCGUUCUUCUUCCUACACCCAAAGUCCCAGAUCAAGGUGGACGUUCACAUGGGUGGGGAGCUGGUGGAGUCACUCUCAGAGGCGGGGCCUCGUGCACCUGAGCAGCAAGCCCCUCCCACCUCAGCAGAGGACGGACCGGACACAGCACCAGGCGCCUUGUGUCCAGACCUGCCCGCCGGCCCCCACAGCUACAGACUGGAGGAGCUGGCCUACACGAGGAGCGGGGACAAGGGCGACUCGGCCAACAUCGGAGUCAUCGCUCGUCACCCGCUCUUCUUCCCGUACCUGAAGAAACACCUGACUUCCUCUGUGGUGGAGCAGUACUUCUCCCACCUCAUUGAGCCUGGAGACAAGGCCGUGACCCGGUACUCUCUUCCUGGGAUCCACGGCCUGAACUUCGUCCUGCAGCGUUGUCUGGGUGGAGGAGGGGUGGCGUCGCUGCGCAGUGACCCUCAGGGAAAAGCCUUGGGUCAAAUGCUGCUGGACCUUAAACUGAGAGGACUGCCGGACCUCAAAUCACUGGUGGACUGAAAGAAACCAAGGGGAAGUGAGACCUGAGCACAAACACAUUUCUGGGUUCAGCAAACGAAGGCUGGAACAACAACUGAAGUCAGAUCCAUCCACUGAUGAGACCUUUAUAAUAUAAUGCACACUCUGGAUUUACGGCCUCAACGUAAACGCUUGAACAGCCGACACUGAAAGUGAAGGCGCUUCAGUCGUUUACGUGGACCAGGCUCUAGCAGUCCAUGAACCAUGAUGUGCUCCUUUAGCAUCAAACUCAGUCAGUGCUGUUUCCUGCUGCAGCCUGUGGGGUGAUGAGAGGGUGAUGUUAGGGAUGAGAGGCUGAGGUCAGGACCAGUUCUGUGAAGCAGGAAGUGACGACUCUGCUCUGAUGGAACCGUUUGGACUUUGGCACCAGAACCUUUGCCUCCGUCUGAGGCUCAGACACCUUUAACACUGGCCCAUCUCUGACUCUCAGGUGAAGCUGAGCCAGCAGAGCUGGCGCUGGAGGUACCAGCGAGGCAGCAUGUUGGCCCAGUGCUGACGCCUUGAAAGGUCCAGACAAGAGGAGCUUUGUCCUCUCUCCUGUUCAGUUCAUUGAGAGUUGUCACAGACGCUGGUGUCAGCUCACUCCUUCACCUCGUCCUCCAUGUUUACGUGUCUGGAUCUGAAAGAGCAGCCACAGAACUUGUAGGUUCUGCCCCAGCAGGGGGCAGCAGCUUGACCCAGACAGGAAGCCUUUAAGAAGGAGGUCAGUGUUUGUUUUCUAUGGACAAACCUCGUCCUCUUCAUCGUUGGCCAAACAAAAGCAGCAUCAGUUUCGCUGGUUCAGCCUCCCGUGUUCCAGCCUUCAGUCUUUGCUUUAGAGGAGUCAGAGCCCGUCUCAGUCUCAGUCUCAGUCUCCUUCAGGCUCUGCUGUUCUAACCUGUUAUGUGGCUUCUUCCACCAGAGCGGCUCUGGCUAAUUGCAUCCAGACUGACGCUGCAGUCGUAGCUCAAGGCUCCGUCACAACUGGAGCCUCCGACCGCUGCUGAGUCACAUGUUCUGGUUCUGGUCAAAGUGUUUGGAUGCUUUGACGCCUCCUGGCUCUGCUUUGUUCCUUUAUUUCCUAUGCCCAAGGUUUCCUGACAAACUAAUCUGAGUCAGAGUCAUCUGAAUGAAAAGUGACCACAUUACACAGAAAACAGCAGUCAGACUGAACAGGAGUCAUGGAGAAACCAUGAGAAGCAGAACUCUGCUCUGGUGGUGGUGGAGGAGAGGCUUCACAGCGUGGUCCGUUUCCAGACGGAGACAGAAGUGAGACCACGCUGUCGUCCUGCGUCUUCCUGCAGCUGAUAGAAUCCCAUGUGUUUGCUGUUGCCUGAAGCACGUCAUGGUCCGACUGUGGUUAAAGGGUUCAUGAUCGGCCUCAGGUCUCCGUUUGAUCGGCUCCGUCCUGAAACUCCACGCGCCUCCUUUUACACAGCUCAACGUUUGCUUUAAGCAGCUGAAGUUCACGGUGCUCUUUUCCCUUUAAUAAACAUUAACAAAUGCUGAUGUGAGACGCACUAUGAUCAGAGAUGAUGGUGAUCACCGCUCACUAACCAUCAUCAAACCACUGCCUUGUCCUAAUGUGGAUGUUGAUUCUUCUGCUCAUGGAAAUCACUAAAUGCUCUUCAGGUCUGAUUCCUGUAUGAUUUUGACUAAAGACAUUAAAGGUAUUUUUCUGAACAAA